CAUCCCAACACCCUACACCAAAGAGAAGAAACCCCCCCUUCCUUCUUCUUCACUCUUCAAUCAAAAAAAAAAGAAAAAAAUGGCCAAGUUAUUUGCGUUUUUACUUAUUGCACUCAUCGCCAUUACCAUGCUCGAGAUACCUGUCAUGGCUUCUCUGGACGGCGGCAUUCAAGCUAGCAAGAUCCGAUAUGGCCCUGGCAGUGUGAAGAGCUUCCAAUGCCCCUCGCAGUGCACGAGGAGAUGCAGCAGAACACAGUACCACAAACCGUGCAUGUUCUUCUGUCAAAAGUGCUGUAGAAAGUGCCUGUGUGUGCCCCCGGGGUAUUAUGGUAACAAAUCUGUUUGCCCUUGCUACAACAACUGGAAGACCAAGGAAGGAGGCCCCAAAUGCCCUUGAUUCUUCUUCUUCUUAUUAUUAUUAUUAAUCAGCACUACUAUUAAUUAAUUAAUCCUGAAUUAUGUUGGAUUAGUGGUGCUAAUUCUAAUCAUAGAGAGCUAUAGAGAUGAAAUAUGUAAUAUGUUCUCUCUUUUGUGUCUUUGGUUGUUUGUUUGCUGGGUCGUCUAAUGGUUAUUUUGAUGUUUUCCUGUAUUACAGUAAUUACUAGUAUGCCACUCCUUUAUUUAUUUAUUAUGUUCAAUUUAUGAUUAA